UCCUGAAUCUUCAACUUCCACUGAAUACCUCGAGCGCAGCCAACAAUCAGACCGCAGUCAAGAACAAUCUGAUAGCCAAGGUAUUGUAACAUUGAUAGCCCCUGGUGAGCUGCCUGGUAGAUUACAGAAUCCACAGGAUGUAAAAAACAUAGAAGAAGUAUCAUCGUACCGCCAAACAAGCGAUACAACGACAAUCACCUUGAGUUGGCCCAGCCAAAAAAUAGCAUGGACAGUCAAGACCUUUGUUCGCCUAGUCGAAAAAUGUUGCAGAGAAAGAGUGCCAAACAAUGGAUGGUGUUUUUCUCUUGGCAGAAGA